GGCAGAACAACGCGCUACCGCUGGUGAGGGAAGUCAUAAACGACAACCCUGCGUAUCGUGAACUCGAGAUGGCCAUGGACACCUCGUCUAUACAAGAAUGGAUGAAGGACGGCGGGAUCCCUACUUGUGGUAUCCCGAACCUCAUGAAGCUCACUCAAUGGGGAGACCAG